AUGAUAUCCAACGAUAACAAAGGAUAAAUUUUAUGGGAUAUUGGAGGUCAUUUAUUGAAUUCUUUUUCCAAACAAGGUUCAUCUGAGUAUUCAAUUAAUCGAAAGGAUAUAGAAAACUAUAUUGAAAUCAAAAAAGUAGUAGAAGGUUAAAGCUAUAAAUAUUAUGGUUAUUAAUCGAGCACUUUACAGACAUUUACAAAUUUUAGGUAGACUAAUUUAAAUAAGACAGAAAUGAAAAACUGUGAAUGCAAUAAUGAAGAUUUUACAAAAAUGUCAGUUAAAUAAAUGCAUAAAUCGAAAGAAAAUCUGGAAUAGAAUCAAUAUUAGACUACACAGAAUUUUAGAAGUAGAUCAACGAGUACUUAAUUAAUUUCUUAAAAUUAUUAGAAAUCUCAAAAUAUUAACAUUUAAACAAUCAAAAAUUAUGAAGAUGAGAAAAUAAAAAACAUAGCAGAAGGUCUUAAAUCUAAAAUAUAAAGUAAUUUAAAUAACAAAUUAAAACAUUAUUUUAUUAAGAAUUCAAAAUAGAUAACAAGCAAAAUUUUGCCCAAUUAGGAUUUACAAAUGAAUGAUUAGAAAUAGCUUUACUUUCAUAACAGUAGUUUAUCUUUAAAGGAAUAUUUUCAAUAAAAAAGCAUUGAAUUUAAACAAAAAUUUUUGGAAGAAUAAUCUUAAAUAAUUGAGGAAAAAUUAUAAACUCUAUCCAAUAAAGCUAAAACAAUCGAAACUACAAAAAAAUCAUUAAGUCGUUCAUAUGAUAUACCUAUGCAUACACCUAAAAAAUAAUUAUAUAAAAUGAAUAGAGAAAGCGAAUCAAAGUUAGGAAUUAAAAAUGAUUCAUAUUAGACUAAACUAUUAAACUCUUUAAAUUUAAUUCCAAAAAGAAUCGAUUCAAAUAAUGAUAAUCAUUAUGAAAAUUAAACUAAAAUUUAGACUGAAAAUAAUUUAGAGAAUAAUUUCGAUUAUUCAUAAACUAAAAAAUUUGUUGAAUACAAUUUUAAUGAAAUGAAAAAUCAAAAUUAAUCUAACAACCAUAUGAGUAUAAGUUUUCCUAAAUGUCCAUCUUCUCAGUCCUAAAAUAAAUUGAUGCCUCAUGAUGAAAAGAAUUCCCCUAUUGAAUUCUCAAGCAAGGUAAAUCGUUAUAUGAAUUUGCUCUAAUCUUUUAAAAGUUUUAAUUUAAAUUAGACUCAAUUGAACAAAGACAUUGAAGUUUUUGAUUCCAUUUAAGUUAAUGAUUUAAAUCAUAUAAGCGAAUUUUCUAUUUUUAAGGAUGAGAAAUAAAAGGAUUCCCAAAAUUUUGGAGUUUAUUCUGAAAUAGAUUGUAAAAGAAGUUUUUCAAAUGUUCAAACCAAUAAAAAAUUAUUUUUUGAAUCAGCUUAAGUUUAUUAAUAAAAUAACAAAACAGAUUUAAAAUAAGACCAUUUUAUUAAUGGGAUAAAUAAAGUUCAUAUAGAACAAACUUAAAGUUAAAAUGAUGAUUAUGCAUCUUCAAACAUUCCAAAAAACAUGUUGCAAAAAUAAGGUACUAAUUGGUAACUAAUUAAAAUAGGAUCCUUCAAGUACAAUUAAUAACUUAAUUAUUGA